AUGCCGCCAGGGAGUACGCCCGCACCACCACGUCUCCCCACCUCUGUCGUCACGCUCGAAGAGCACUGCACCUUUCUCGGUGUCGGCGACGAAACGCCAUUCUACACCGAGAUAUGGAAGACUUUUCCCGACAUGCGCGCACGUCUGUUGGACAAGUCGACGCGUCGCCUGGCCGACAUGGACGAGGGCCACGUCUCCAUCCAGGUGCUCUCCCAACUCCCGGGGGUGGGCAACGAGGACCCCGAAGGGUGCUCCAAGGCCAACGAUGAGACGGCCGAGGUCGUGCGCGGCUCCCACGGGCGACUCGCCGGCUUCGCGGCUCUGGCCAUGAAAUACCCCGGCCGGGCGGCCGCGGAGCUCGAGCGGGCCGUCACGAAACUCGGGCUCGUCGGCGCCAUGAUCGACAGCCACCUCCCGGACAGCGACAUGACGCACUACGACGACGAAAAGUACUGGGUCGUCUUCGCCACGGCCGAGAAGCUGGACGUGCCAAUCUACAUACACCCGUCGCCCGCGAGUGACGAACUGAUGCGGUCGAGGUUCGAGGGCAACUACAAACAGGCGACGGCCGAGGGGCUGAUGACCGGCGCCUGGGGUUGGCACGAGGAGCUCGGUCUGCACGUCGUCAAGCUGUACGCGGCCGGUCUUUUCCAGAGGCACCCCAACCUGCGCAUCGUGAUCGGCCACAUGGGUGAGAUGAUCCCCAUGAUGAUCGACCGGAUCGACAGGCUCAAGUUCUUCAAACGCGGCGGCGUGGUGGGCAAGUUCAGGGACGUGUGGGAGAAAAACAUCUGGGUCACGACGAGUGGCAUCUUCAGCGUAAGAACGUUGGAGAUGUUGCUCAAAGUUACUCCUUUGGAGAGGGUCAUGUAUUCCGUGGACAGUCCCUUCGAACCGAGUGCCCGGGGUUGGCAAUUCAUCGAGGAGGUCGCGGAGAGCGGUAUCUUCAGCCAAGAUGAGCUUGAGAUGUUUGUGAGUGGCAAUGCCAAAAAACUGUUAAAGUUAUAA